AUGCCGACGACGGCGGACAGGGACGCGCGCCCGCCCUCGCUGAGCUCGGACCCCCAUCGCGAACUAUCUGGCCUCAAUCGCAAGCUUACCAUCACCAAAACAGCUCCACCUAAUCGUCUCCCGCCCACCGUCUUUUCCCCAAAAAGAAACAAGGCAAACAAUUCUACGAUGGCGCCCAAAUCUCGCACAUCCGCAUCGACCGAAAGCAUCUCCUCCCCGGCACCUUCCUCGCGGAGCAGCAAAGCCAACUCGAAGAAUACCGACGCGGCGUCCAUUGCACAGGGAAUAUGGGAUAAAUACGUUUCCAAAACCCCCCAGAGGACCAAGCUGUUGGAUGUCUUUAUGGCAUUCCUGGUUGCGGUCGGUGUGCUGCAAUUUGCUUAUGUGGUGCUUGUUGGUAACUUUCCAUUCAACGCUUUCCUCAGCGGCUUCAGCGCUACCGUCGGCCAAUUCGUCCUCACUGCCUCGCUGCGCAUCCAAACAAACUCGGAGAACAAGGCGCACUUUGAGAACAUCUCGCAUGAGCGUGCGUUUGCGGAUUUCAUCUUUGGGAGCUUGUUGUUGCACUUCUUCUGUGUCAACUUUAUCAACUGAGGGGGAAGAGGGAGGUUACACCCGUUGGAAAGAGAGCCAAGGUGGAAGGAGGAGGGUUAUGGUGUUUAUGGGCGUCAUGGUUUUAGGGGCAUGGAUUGUAAAAGCGAGGACUGAGAACGUGUGUAAGAGUACCUGAGAUGUUCGUUUGGGCAUUCUGUUAGCUCGGUUCUGCUGAGUGCUGGAAGUCCUGUGGUAUGAGCAAUCUCAGCCGGUUUACACAGCUAAAACACCGUUGUCUUGCAUAUUGCAUGUGUGCGGCUUGCUGGCUUGUUGAGUCAGAUGUUACGCACCACCAUUAAAGUCACCACAAAAGCUGUCUCUGCGCUGUACGAGCCUAUGUAUCUUGAAUAAAGUAUGUAGAACAGAACACAAAAGUAUCGACCUAUCCAGCCA